UGGCUAUUGUGAACUCUGCAGUACAAACUAUACAAAUCUACGUCAUCACUUGCAGUCAGAUUCACACACAGCAUUUGUGAAGAACGACAAAAACUACCAGUACCUUGAUGAACUUAUCAACGGACACAAAACAGGCAGUCAGAUAUUUGCUGCAUCCAAAUGAGGUAUAGUGGAUUGAUGCAAUCAGAGAGACGCCCAGCUAGUCUAAGGAGCGUUGCCAUUAAGCGACUGCGUAAGCAAAUUGUCUUCGAGGCCUCACCUUUACAGAUUGGAGAGACCAUACAUUCUGGUCCAACGCUUGUGGUCCAGGAAAAACUCAAGAAUGAGGACGUAGCAACCAGAAGUACCCGUGUCUUCCCAGCUGAUGCUCGGGAGAACGUCCGUGUGCUCCGUAGAAGUUGUCACCUUGUAAAAAUUCCUUCCACCAGGCAAUACUCUCGCAAGUUACGAACACCUCUGUGUCCAGCUUCUCAGCCUCAACCAGUGCUCCAUAGACUACGUACUCAAUGUGACGUGGGGGCUACAGUCCAUCAUAAAACUUCUCCACCUGAGGUACUUGUACCUGAAACGUUAGUACCCGAAUUAAUUGUGCCCAAGACUUCAGAUCUUAAAGCAACUAUUCAUCAGGUAACAGUGCCAACUGUUGUUACUGAAGCUCCAGUUCCUGAAGAAUCUGUUGCUGAAGCUAUAUCUGAAGCAUGUGUUGAAGCUGCUGUUCCUGAAGUAUUGACAAAUGUAGCCACUGUUCCAGAGUUGUCACUGAAUGAGACGACGGUCCCUGAAGUGACACCGAAUGAAACUGCUCUUCCUCAGAAUCGGCUAACUGAUGCUUAUGUAUCUCAGAAGUUUACAGUAACCUCUGCUACUGAAAUUUUAUUUAAUGAGGCAACUGCUCAUAAAGUAAUAAAGAAGGAACCUUUAUUUUCUCAUGAUAGUGAAAAUGAAUGUGAUAAUUUUCAAGACUUGUUGAAUAAAACUGAUGCUACUGUUGAGGUUAAAGUGAAUCAGUUGUCCAUUCUUGAGAAUAAAGUAACAAAGGCUGCCAAUCCUAAGGUUCAGGCUCAUGACUCGACACUCCUUCUUGGAACUGUAAAUGAAGGUGCUUUUCCAGGGCUGAUUAAGACUGAAGCUGCUCUUCCUGAACUUGAAACCAAACCAGUAAUUACUGGGGAAAUUGUUGGAGAAGUAGCCAGUAUUGAACCAACAAUUGCUAAGUCCAAAGCAUCUGUAUUAGAUUUCACUUCAGAUCAAAUCUCUGCUCAUUCUCAAGCUAGUCCACCUGCAGCCACUAAAUUAAACAGAGAAAUGGUAAGAUUGAUUCAAGAAGCAGAUGCUAAACUUAACUCCUUUUGUCAAAAAAGGAGAAGUCGAGCAUCUAAAAGGUUAAAUAGUGCAGAUUUUGAAGCGGUUGUAAUAAAAUCAGAGCCACUAGUAAGAGCAAAGCGAUUUACUAAACCUCGAAAAUGUAGCUGUCGCUCAGAGAAGUCAGAGUCUGAAACAUCAGACUCUCGUAGUGUAGCAGAUAAGCGUGUCUGUUUCGAUAUGGUGGAUAAAACUAUAAAACGAGGAAAGCCAAAGAAUGGGGAGCCUCUGUUAGGUGAGGCUGCAACCCAUGUAAGUGCCAAGUACAAUGGGGAUGUGACUUCGGAAUUAGUUAAUGGAGCUCAUAAAGUGAAAGGACGUAGAAUCAGCCGUGUUAAUAGCGAUGAGUCUGAUAAUAGCUCAGUGUCUAGAAGUAAUGGCAAUAUUGAACACAAUGGUGAAAAGCUAGAUUUUAGUCUUCUACUUGAAAUCUCACCUGCUGACAGAAAGACCUUUGAAAGUAAAAAAGCAAAAAUACGAAAAAAAACUGCUGACUGGUUGCUUAUUUCCGAAACUGAACAGUAUUAUAAUGAAAAAGAAGAAAUAAUGAGAAAUAAAAACAAAGUGGAUUCUGAUAGUGAAAGUGAUGAAAGUGAUGAUGGUACUGAAAACCAAGACUCUAAAAGUGACUGUUCUGAUGAGUCCGAAGGGACAGCAAAUCCACCCAGAGGCAGGGGAAAGGGAAAAGGGAAACAUUCACGAACUACUGAUGAUGACUGUAAAUCUAGUGCAAAAAGAAUUAAAGAUGAUCCAGGUUUAAGUAAAAGAAGAGGGCGUCCAGUAGGAAGCAGAAAUAGAAAAACCCGAUAUGAUCUAACAAUGUUAAACGAUGAUGAUGAUGACGACGACGACGAAAAUUUCUUUGGCUUCCCCGUGAGCACUACUAUACCACAAAGUAAUUCUGUUGGAAUUGGUUCCACUUUGCAAACUCGUUGCAAGAUCAAAGGGGGAAGCAAACGUUUAUCUGAGGCAUCUAGUAGUAGAAAAUCAGGUCGGAAGCGACUGUCAGAUGCAGAAAGAUUCCUUCGAGACAAUCGGGAAUACUAUCACUUCCAGGAAACUGCAGAGCGGCUGAGACGGUCCACCUCAGUGGCAGACAAGGAAAGAACCAAGGCAGAUGAAUUUGAAGGAAAGGAAUUUGAAAAGGAGGAUUCAAAACUUAAGGAGACCUCCAAUACCAAGAAAUGUUUCACAUUUGAGAGGAGAAGGAGAGUGACUCGUAGCACUGGAGGUAAACUAGAAGAUCCACGUGAUGGUGAGAAGAGCUUGGAAAAGAUGGAAAUAAAAGAGAAACCAAAAUCCUUUUCCAAGAAUUCUGACAAAUUUGAAUUAAAGGAUAAGGACAGAGACAUAAGGAGAGCUUCUGAUGAUAAGAAGAGAAGCUCAGAAGAGCAAAAAAGAAAAGGACUUGAAGAAGAGAAGAGAAGAGUCUCUGAGGACAAGAGAAAAGUAUCUGAAGAAAAGAGAAAAGUCUUGGAAGAGGACAAGAGAAAAGUCUCUGAAGACAGGAGAAAAGUCUCUGAAGAGAAGAGAAGAGCCUUUGAAGAGGAAAAGAGAAAAGUUUCUGUAGAGAAAAGAAGAGUCUCUGAAGAAGAGAAGAAAAGAACUUCUGAAGAGAAGAGAAAAGUCUCUGAAGAGGAAAAGAGAAAAAGUUCUGAAGAGGAGAAGAGAUCUUCUGAAGAGAAGAGAAGAGCCUCUGAAGAGGAGAAGAGAAGAGCCUCUGAAGAGGAGAAGAGAAGAGCCUCUGAAGAGGAGAAGAGAAGAGCCUCUGAAGAGGAGAAGAGAAGAGCCUCUGAAGAGGAGAAGAGAAGAGCCUCUGGAGAGGAGAAGAGAAGAGCCUCUGAAGAGGAGAAAAGAAGAGCCUCUGAGGAGAAGAGAAGAGCCUUUGAAGAGGAAAAGAGAAGAGCUUCUGAAGAGGAAAAGAGAAGAGCUUCUGAAGAUGAGAAGAGAAGAGCUUCUGAAGAGGAGAAGAGAAGAGCCUCUGAAGAGGAGAAGAGAAGAGCCUUUGAAGAGGAGAAGAGAAGAGCCUCAGAAGAGGAGAAAAGAAGAGCUUUGGAAGAGGAGAGGAGAAGGCUCUCUGAAGAAGAGAAGAGUCGAGUCCCUGAAGGAGAAAAUGGAAAAGUCUUUGAAGAAGGGAAUAGAAAAAUCUCUGAAGAGAAAAGUGUCUUUGACGAAGAGAACAGAAGGAGCUGUGAUGAAAGUGCAUUAAGGAGUACAGAAGGGCUGAAGACAAAGUACUGUGAGGAAGACUUAAGAAUAACUUAUGCAGAAUGCAAGAAAAAAGCUAAUGAUGUUGACAAAAGAAAAAAUACUGAGGAUGGUAAGAAGAAAGGGCCAGAGGUAGAUAAGAGAAAAACUUGUGAUGAUGAGGAGAGAAUUAUCCUUGCUGCAGAAGAGCAAACUGAACUCCUAGCAGAAAAUCUGUGUCAACCCUACACAAAUAUUGAUGGUUAUUGCUCUAUAAGUGCAGAAACAAGUACAGAGAUGAUAGAUGGAUCAAGAAGUGACUUACAGGAUUUGUAUUUCUCAUUUGAGGGUGUACCUGAGCAAGAGUGUUGGUAUCAAACAUACCAGAGAUUAAUAGAUGGUAAUGAUGUUAAUGAAUUUGUUUAUGAAGAGGAACCCCUGAAGUUUGUUUUGCCAUAUGAAAUGCCGAAGGAGUAUGUUCGAGACUUUCUCUGUUACAAAAAAGGACUUGUGUCCAAGAAAAAAAAUGACCUAGCAGAUCUAGUAAGGAAAUCCCCUAGAUGCCAUGCGUCCACCCUUGCUCUUUUCUCUGACAUCAUUCCAGCAAAAAAGGCAAAAAGUUCAAAAGUAGCAAAGUCUGCUCCGUUGAGAGUGGAUGAAGCCUCCUCAGAUGGAACAAGCACACCUGGUGCUGAGUCUGUGAGAAUGCAGCCUCCUGAGUCUUUUGAAUCAACAGAAGAAUUAGCAAUACUUGCAUUACACAUUGAUCAUGUUAUGAAAUUGGAGACUAGUGAGGAGAACCCUGUAUGUAGUGCUCAUCUUGAGUUAAAAGAAAGUGAAGAACAAGACUUAAAAAAGACACUGCCUAAGAAGCGUGGUAAAAAGAAGAGAUUAACAAGUUCCAAGUUUGAUAAAGGAUCAGUGAAUGUUGCUAAAGAGCUAAAGUUGUAUGACAGUCCGCUUGCUCAUGAAGUAGACCCAUUUUUUAUUGCUGGGCUUUGUGAUGAGGUGAAAGACUAUUUAAUGCCAGAAAAUAUACUGGCUCGGGAAGCGUCUGAGGUUAUUGACGAUGCGUGUUUUUGUGUGUGUACUGAUCGUGCUUCUUGUGAUGAAUUUUCUAGUGCUGAUGAUAAUACAGAAGCAAGUUCAGAAUGUGUGUCCUUAUGUGACUCAGAAACUAUUGACGGCUCUGUUGUCAGUGAACCUAAGCCUUGCCGUAGUGGUAAAAAACGUAGGAAGAACUUGACUGGCUGGCCAAAGACUCAAAAGAAGAAAAAAUCUGUUCCUUCUCACACAUCAGAUGAUAAUGAUAGUGCUAUAGGGUGUGAGGAUCUUGAACCAAAGAAACAAGGGCGCUGGAAGAAACACGAUGACUUCAGUUUUCUGGAACAAACCACAACUGAGAAACUUGCUGCCCUGGCUGCAUGUGAUCGCAGAGCCUCCCCUCGUAAGAAGGCUUCCGUCUUGUAUAUGGAUACAUGGCCAGUUAGAUUUCGAACACAAAAAUAGAAUUUAUUAAAGUAUAUUGGUACAGUGAGUCAAAUAGGUCUGUGUGUUGUAUAAAAAGUGUUUAUACAUAUUUAUUAUGAAAUUGUAUGGUAUGCUUGAUGAUUUCUUCUUUUUUAAAAGAUGGAACCAAGGAGUCUCAGGAUAGCUCUGUAAGAGAUUGUGUCAGAAAUCUUUGUACAGUUCUGCAAGAGCAGAUUUUCAUUGGAGUGACUGUUAGAAGAAUGUUUGGUUCAAAUGUAAAUUUUAAGAUGAGCAUUUUCUAUGAUUUAUCAACUAUAAAAUAAUCUGUCUAGUUACACACAGUUUUAUUCUAUUUAUUUUCUAGAACAUUAAGCCAUGCAGAAUCUUUCAUUAAUCUUUGUUUGUAUAUUAAAUGACACCUGUAUUGUUAAAUUUC